AUGUCUUUAGGUCAUCACCAUUCUAGACAACAUCAACAACAACAUCAUUAUCGACGAUCUUCAAGUCGUUAUCAUCGACGUGAACGAAAAGUUUCACAAAUAAUUGAAAUUUCCAAAGAUAUUGCAACAUCAAAUAUUGAAGUUUCAAUCAAGUCCGAAGGACCCAUUGAUACAAAAAUUGUAUUGGACCCGUCCAUGUUUGGUUUAACAACAGCCGCUGUCCCGUCACCAUCGUCACCAUCAUCUCCAAUUGAUACAAAUACAACUCCCGACAGACAUACACCACUCAUACCACUAGUUAAUCUUCGAUCACCAUCAUCACCCUCAAUUAGCGAUGUUUUGUUCAACAUGGGAAUGUGGGAAACAAAUAGUCGAAAAAGUUCAAAAAAAGAUCGUCGUUCUUUGCAAAUAGAACGACGACAACAACCACCAACAUCACCAUCACCAACAGCACAACAACAACAACAAAGUUUCGAAGAACGAAUUGUGAUCCCAAUAAGAGGGGUUUCGGUGACGUUUUCCAUCAAGUCAUCGAGCCCCAUGGUGGUCCAAGUGGUAUCACCGGUUCCGGUGAAUUUUUCACCGAUUGUUGGUGGUCUUGGUGGUCGUCUUCAAGUUGGUGAUGGUGUUGGUGGUGGUAAUGCUGUGGUCAAGCAUGAAACAGAAGAGUUUCAUGAUUAUAGUCAAUUUUUAAUUGACAAUAUUAAAUAA